AUGGCCGACUCUUUGGCUUCUCGCAGGUACUUUGACAACAUCUACAUUCCCGCUGGUCUGAUCGUGUUCGGAUGCUUCAUCACCAAGCGCGAAUGGACGCCGUACGCUGUUGCCCUGGCGCUUGCGCUGGCAGCGUACAAGUUCAAUGCCAUGCAGAUCAAGACAGUCCUGAAGCCCGAUACCUUUCAGGACUUUGAGCUCAAGGAAAAGACUAUCAUCUCGCAUAAUGUUGCCAUCUACCGGUUCAACCUCCCCAGCGAGAAGAGCAUCCUUGGCCUCCCUAUCGGACAGCACAUCUCCAUUGGUGCCAACUGCCCCCAGCCUGAUGGCACUACCAAGGAGAUCGUGCGCUCCUACACUCCCAUUUCCGGCGACCACCAGCCUGGCCACUUCGACCUCCUGAUCAAGUCCUACCCUACCGGCAACAUCUCCAAGUACAUGGCGUCGAUGAAGGUCGGACAGACGCUCAAGGUCAGGGGUCCCAAGGGUGCUUUCGUUUACACCCCGAACAUGGUCCGUCACUUUGGCAUGAUUGCAGGCGGCACUGGUAUCACUCCCAUGCUUCAGAUCGUCCGCGCCGUCAUCCGCGGCCGCCCCACCGGUGACAAGACUGAAAUCGACCUUAUCUUCGCCAACGUCACCCCCCAGGACAUCCUGUUGAAAGAGGACCUGGACGCCCUCGCCAAGGAAGACAGCGGUUUCCGCGUGCACUACGUUCUUGACAAGCCCCCUGCGGGCUGGACCGGUGGUGUCGGUUACGUCACGGGCGACAUGAUUACCAAGCUUCUUCCCAAGGCAGCUGACGACGUCAAGCUUCUGCUUUGCGGCCCCCCGCCCAUGAUUAGCGGACUGAAGAAGACGGCCGAGAGCCUUGGCUUCAAGAAGGCCCGCCCUGUGAGCAAGCUCGAGGACCAAAUCUUUGCUUUUUAA